AUGGAGACGAUACAGCUUGGAAUCCAUGUGGUACAAUCCGUGAUCGCGUUGAUCAUCCUCGGGUGCUCGAUCUAUGGCGUUACUAUAGCAUCGACCACGACAGGCUUCGGGCUUGCUAUUUUUACGGUUAUCCAGGCUAUUGCAACGAUCCUGGUUGCCAUCUACAUUCUUACCGCAUCUUUCAUUGCCAAGAGCAUUUACAAACUCUGGCUUCUCGUCGGAGCUAACUGUGUCACGGCGAUCUUUUGGAUUGCGACCAUCGGUACAUUGGCAUCACAACAAUAUUGGAAUCAUGAAUGUCAAUACAAUCACGGGCAUUGCUAUAGGAAGCGUGAUGGAAGUGGCAGCCAUGGUGUUCACGCUGCAACGAUUGCGCUUAGCGUUAUUGAUGGUCUCCUGUCGAUCUUCUCUAUUGGGUACAGUCUAUGGGCCAAAAAGAAUCACCGAACGAAGACUCCUGCAACCGAGUGA